ACCACCGUUACGCUGAUUGUUACAACAGUAAAUUUUAAAAACAAAAACAAAUUUUUAAAACAUAUUCUUCGUUUUUUAAAUUUUUAUACAUAAGAAAGAUAUUUUAAUAAAAACGUUAAAUUAAAUAUUGAGUAAUUUUCAUCUUUUGAACCUCAUAAAAUAUAAACUUAAAUUUGUUUUUAAAAUUGAGGUUAUAAAUUUUAAAUAAAUUUUUAUUUAUUUAAAUUUUAUGCUAAAAUUUAAAUUUUUCGAAAAAGUAAGACAUCAUUGAUUUUUAUUUGUUGGUAUUUAAAUAAUGGAUACUGAAGUAGACAACGAGGACAUAAUAACAGAUGAAUAUAGAAAAAAAUUGGUUUUUGAUGGUUACCAAUACACCAUAAAAACUCAGCACAAAGAUACAAAAUAUUUGUAUUGCCUAUAUCGGUGUAAAAAAAAAUGUCAAGCGCAUGGUAAAUUGGUUAAUGGUAAAUAUACGCCAACUAUAAAAGAUCAUACAUGCGACAAAACUGAGAGUGACAUAAUUAAUGAAGCAGAAAUGGAUAAUUUAUCUGAAGAAGCUAAAAUUAAAGAAAGAAAAAUGGCAGCACGUCUACCAAAACCGAUAGCUAUUGAUAUGGUGUUCAAGUACAUCGACAAUUUUACAGAAGAAUCAUUUCCAGCAUGGUCAUCAGAAAUAUGGAAGAAAAUGAGUAAAGAUUCCGGUGGAGUAUGGACUAGUCAAUCGUUUUAUAUAAAUGUACGUGAGGACAGACGUGGAAUAUUGACUGAAGCAAGAAAAAGAGCUGGUUUACCACCACUGCCUACUAAAAAAAAAGUUAAAAAACGAGUUCAUUCCGACGACAGUACUGAUGAUGACGACGACUGGGUAUAUGGCCCUGAUUCUGAUAAAGGAGAAUCAUGGUUUAAUUUGGUAUUAACUUAUAAACAGUGGAUCGAAAUAAAACCACCAGAAGAUCCCGUUGGAAAAAAAAUACCAUUGAGAAAAAACGUAUGGACAAAUAUUAUCGCAGAUGCGUUUUGGGAUCAGUACAGAUUACCAUGUGCUUAUGUAUUUAAAUAUGGGCACGUGUAUGGCCCAAGUUCAAAAUAUUAUAUUAUUAUUAAUGGUAGAUGUAGAAGUAAAAAAUGCGGGAACAAAUUUUAUGCUGUGACUGAUUUUGAACCCCAACCAAAUGAACCGCUACGUCUUCGCGUAAGAACGAGAAAUACAUUAAUGGAAGAACAUGAGGAAGUCAGACGUCCAAUUAAUGGAGAACGGAGACGUCAGUUGGCUGAAGCUGCUGCAGUAGAAAGCACCCAGAAUUCACAAAAACGUUCAGAAGUUUCGGUUAAUCAUAAAAAAUUUCCGUUGGUGCCUGAUACUGACUGCGUACUUCAAGCUAAGAAAGCUUUUGCCGCCAAAGUUUUGGAUUGUAAAACUGAAUCUAAUUCAAAUUCUGUUCGUAAUAAUGGUGAUAAUAACACUGACGAUGAUAAUAAUACUGAUGAUGAUAACAUUGAAACAGACUCUGUGAUUAAUGACUCAAUGGAAGUUGAUGAUGAUGAUGAUGAUACAGAUGCACCAUUUUUGAUUUUAUUCAGUACUCCUGAACAAAGUCAAUUUUAUCGUGAGUACUGUAAUUUAGAAAACGUUCAGGCGAUUGGUAUCGACAAAACAGGGAAUCUUAUACCAUUUGUAUAACAUUUAAAAAAUAUGAUAUAUAAAAAUAUAUAUAUUUUUUUAUAGUUUACUUAUAACAAGAUAAAAUUUUAUUUUUAUUUAGAAAGUGAGUUUAUUUAGAAUUUUAAUUAUUAAAAAAUAAAGAAAUAUCUUUCGUUGAAUAAUUUACUAUGAAUUGUAUAGAAUUUAUAAGAAUUCAGUUUAAAUAAUUUUUGUAGCCUAAUUAUUAAAGUAAAUACUGUUGAUAUGAAUGACGAAGUACAAUAUUAUAAUAAACAU